AUGAUGAUUGAAGUUGAAAAGCAGUUGGACGAAAUGCAGAUGUGGCUGAAAACUCAGACACAAUUGCCUCAAAAUAUAGACAGAUGGAUGCUGCGACGUUUUCUCAUGUGCAUGGAGGGCGACAAGGUAGCUGCCCAGAAAUUAAUUACAACAAAUUAUACAAUGCGUAAUAAAUAUGAUCAUAUUUUCAUUAAACGAGAUCCAAAGGAUGAGAAAUCACAGAUCGUAAUGAAUGCAGUUGACUUUUUAACCCUCCCUGGCUAUACAUCGGAAAAAUAUAAGUUGGUCCUCUAUCGUUUGGGAGAUAUUGAUCCUGAUAAGUUCAAUGUCAACGAAGUUUUCAAAGUAUUCUUCAUGAUGGUCGACAGUCGUUUUAAGGAGCUGCGCGAUGAAAAUGCCAUUGGUGAAAUUGUUGUUUUCGAUAUGACAGGAUUUACACUGAAACAUUUAUCGAAAUUUUCCCUGGGAACAAUACGCAUGUUUAUGAAAUAUAUACAGGAGGCACAUGUCGGCCGUGUCAAGGGUGUACAUGUGAUAAAUGCUGCAUCAUUUUUGGAUAAGGUUAUGUUUUUGGUUAGACCCUUUUUGAAGGGUGAACUUGUUAGUGUGCUACACUUCCACAUGCCCAAAACGGAAACAGCUUAUAAAUUCUUUCCCCGCGAAAUGUUACCCAAUGAGUAUGGUGGCAAGGCGGGUAAAUUGGAGGAUUUGAGAGCAUUUUGGGUUAAUAAAUUAAUGGAGAAUAGGUAAAUAUU